UGUACUGUUUCAUUUUAUUAGCAUAAACUGAAAGCAAAGAGUACGGCUUCACUGAUUACCUGCAGACUAGACUAUCUUGUUCAAUAGGGUUAUUUUGUUCAUAGAGUAUUGGUAUUUUGUAAAAACAGAGAAUGAUUCUUCUUGUAUUGCUGUUUCUAGCUGAGAGUUGCGCUAAUGAAGAGGGACAGCAACCCUGAUUAUCAUUUUCUGUUUGCAGAGGAGGAGUGAGAGUCGGGAGCUGCAGACGCGGAGCCAGCACUAGACCCGGAGCAUGUCCCUCACAACACAGCACAGCAAAGCACCAGCACUCACCACGACCCCGGAGGAAAAGAGCACAGUUUUGUGCAUGGAGGAUUGUGGUUUAGGAGUGUUAUUUAUUUGUUGUUCAGGACUGUAAAACCUGCCGUGUUCCCCCCGAUACCAUCGCUGGUAAAGGGGUGGUUUAUUGUUAUUAUUUUUGGCUUUUGUUAGAAUAAAAGCACUGACCUUUUGGGAGAACUCUUGUCUGGACAUUGCCUUAUAUUUGCACCACUCACAUCCUGUUCACAAGUGGUGUCAGAAAAGGGAUUUCACAAUGGACCCAGCAGCACUAAACACUAUGAUGGAGGCUCAGGCACGGAGGCAUGAAGAGACAGCGGUGAUGGAGAGGAUGAAUACCAUGUUCCUCGCAGCCAACCAGAGGAGGGAACCGGUGGCCGAACCAGCAGUGGCGCCUCCGAAACCUAAAGUGGUGAAGAUGUCGCUGGAGGAUGAUCCCGAGGCCUAUUUAACAUCCUUUGAAAGGCAGGUGACAGCAGCCCAAUGGCCUUGGGAGUGGUGGACUACCCAGCUGGGACCCAAUUUGAUCGGGGAAGCCCAGGCAGCCUACCACGCUUUAACCCAUGAACAAGCCAUGGAUUAUGAUCUGGUAAAAAAAAGCCAUCCUUUAGCGACUGGACAUCAUGGAGGAGACGCACCGCCGCCGGUUCCGGGAGUACCAACGCCCCGAAGGAGUCCGACCCUGAGUAAUGGCCCAGCAGUUGGUGGACCAGGUGACCCGGUGGCUCUGCCCUGGUGAACGCACAGCAGAGGAGGUGACUGAGAUUGUCACCAUUGAACAAUUUGUGCAAUUGCUGGGGCCAGAGGCCAGUAAUUGGGUCAGCCGGCACCGGCCCACCACGCUGGACGCAGCGGUCAGGUUGGCCGAGGGGUACAAGGACUCUAUGCCCACACCGUUGCCCACCCCGAUACAUCCAACGCCGACGCCUUCCUUCAUCAGACCCAGGAUGGCGGACCCAAGGCCGGGGGCCCUUCACCCAUGCACACCCUUCAUGUCUGAACCAGCACCCUCUCGUUCCCCAAUGGGUGGCCUCGCUCCACAACACUGGAGGCCGAGGUCAACCCCCAGCUGGGGUAGAACAGGGGCCGGCAGCGGGACAAUCAGGCUCUGUGGGCGCCUUUUCCUCUGGAAUGUUACCGGUGUCAUGGGAUCGGCCACCUUGCCCGGAAUUGCCCCUCAGCAGUGGAGUGUGCGGCUUCGCAUUAUUUGGUACUGGCGACAGGUAAGUCCAGGGGUACUGAUUGGGAGGGACAGGGUUGGUAAUGUGAGCACCCACGUAUUAGUGGACUCAGGGUGUGGGCAGACCUCGAUUUUGGAAACUCUCUUAGAAGGGCUACCUUGGUCACGUGGGUUAGUGGUCCUCUCCUGUAUCCAUGGAGAUAACAAGGACUACCCCCUCUCUAAAUCAGAUGUGACAAUUGGUAGUCACACCCACUGUGUAAUUGUGGCAUUGGCAAAAAGGUUGCCAUACCUGGUUAUUUUAGGUCGAGACUGGCCGGAGAAACUAUUGGGGAUAUUUUUCCGCUGCAUGCUAAUCUGUUCCCCUCUCUGGUUCCGCCUAAAAAAAACUAAACGAGAGAGAAGGGUGGAAAAAUGGGAGGGCGCAUCAAUGAAACGAGGUUGGGGUUUGGUGUGAGACUCCUCCACGUCUGAUAAACGCCAGGGAAAGGGGAUUGGGAUCCAGUGUGACCAACCGGUCCGGGUUACUGAGACCCCUGGUGCUGAGUCUACCAUAUCCCCGCUCGAUAUACCGAAGGUCUGGGACCGAGAUAUUGAUCUAGUGUACGAACAAAAAAAUGAUCCUACGCUGGCUAACCUCUGGGGGCAGGUUCGGUCUAUCGAGGGGAAGGAAGUAGAUGGCAAUCGGCUGCUCACAUACCCUCACCACAUUGUGCUUGGGCAUUUGCUAUAUAGAGUAUCCCGAACCCUGAGCACAGGGCAGACUGUAACACAGUUACUCGUUCCUCAGUCUUUUCGACAUGAGAUCAUGCAUUUGGCUCAUGAUGUCCCUUGUUCGGUCCACUUAGGUAGCGAAAAGACUCAGGAACGAAUAUUGGCUUGAUUUUACUGGGCGGGAGUGUACAGUGAGGUGAAGCAGUAUGUGGCGACCUGUAGAGAGUGCCAACAGGUAGCGCCGGGGAGGGUUCCACUGCCCCUGAUCAAUAUCCCCUUUGAACGCAUUGCAAUGGACAUAGUGGGACCAUUGAGCCAGUCUGACUGUGGAUAUUUUAGUAGUGGUGGACUACGCGACCAGAUAUCCAGAGGCAGUACCAUUGAGGUCCACUAGUGCAUUGGCGAUUGCAAAAGAGUUAGUGCAGAUCAUAGCGAGAGUAGGAAUCCCCAAAGAAAUUCUGACUGAACACGGAACUAAUUUUAUGUCACGGUGUUUAAAGGAACUGCAUAAAUUAUUACAAAUUCGAUCCAUUCAGACCUCCGUUUAUCACCUGCAAUCGGAUGGUUUGGUGGAACGUUUUAAUCAGUCAUUGAAGCAGAUGCUGAGGCAGUUUGUCAACCAGGAGCAAAAACAUUGGGCUAAACUCCUUCCCUACCUAAUGUUUGCAGUGAGAGAGGUGCCUCAGAGCUUGACCGGGUUUUCUCCCUUUGAGCUGCUGUAUGGGAGACAACCACAAGGUGUCCUUGAUCUUGUAAAGGAAGGAUGGGAAGAGCAAAAUAAAGAUGCUAAAAACAUAGUGAAAUAUGUAAUUAUGUUGAGAGAUUGCCUGCAUUUGGUUGGUCAUCUGGCACACGAGAACUUAAAACAGGCUCAGCAUCGGCAAGAGCAGCAGUACAAUAAACAAGCACGGAUUCAGACUUUUCGGCCAGGAGAUAAGGUACUGCUGCUACUUCCCACUUUGGAGUCUAAACUGUACGCUAAGUGACAGGGACCAUAUGAGGUGAUGCGGGCAAUUGGUAAUGUAAACUACGAAAUCAGACAACCCGAUCACCGUACAAAACUGAAAUUUAUCAUAUUAUUAUUAUUAUUUAUUUAUUAGCAGACGCCCUUAUCCAGGGCGACUUACAAUUGUUACAAGAUAUCACAUUAUACAUUAUUUCACAUUAUAGAGAUAUCACAUUAUUUUUCACAUACAAUUACCCAUUUAUACAGUUGGGUUUUUACUGGAGCAAUCUAGGUAAAGUACCUUGCUCAAGGGUACAGCAGCAGUGUCCCCCACCUGGGAUUGAACCCACGACCCUCUGGUCAGAGCCCUAACCACUACUCCACACUGCUGCCCUACAAUUUUUUAUUAAAACCCUACAAUGAAAGGGAGGCCCUGUUUAUAGCCACUGACAGUAUAGAAGAGGAUUUUGGUCCCUCUGUCAGUACACCAGCUACAGUUAACAUUCCGAUGGGGGAACAAUUACUUCCUGAUCAGAAGUGUGAACUCAGUGGGUUAGUGAAACAAUUUUGUGAUGUUUUUUCUGACUUGCCGGCAGAACUAAUAUGAUUGAACAUGCUAUUACUACUCCAGCAGGUGUCAAGGUACGAGAGAGACCGUAUCGAAUCCCGGAGAGUGGGGGAUAUGCUCGAGCUUGGAGUCAUUGAGCCUUCCCGGAGCGAGUGGAGUAGCCUCCUGACUGGGAGGAGCGCGGUUAAUUUCGACUUUGGAUCUGACUUAGGGAUACUGGCAAAUUCCACUGACCCAGAGUUCACAAGAGAAAACUGCUUUCUCUACCCUAGAUGGCUUGUUCCAUUUCCAGACCAUGCCCUUCGGGUUGCAUGGAGCCCCGGCCACCUUUCAGAGACUGAUGGACCAGGUCCUAGCGCCCCAUCAGCAGUAUGCCGCUGCAUACAUUGAUGACGUGGUGAUUUUCAGCUCUAUCUGGAGAGAGCAUAUUAUUAGACUUUCGGCUGUCCUACAGUCUCUGAGGGAGGCGGGGCUGACGGCUAAUCUGGGCAAGUGUGCAUUCGGCAAACAAGAAACCCAGUAUCUUGGCUUCCUUAUGGGUAAUGGGCGGGUAAAGCCGAUCACUUCUAAAGUCUAGACUCUAGUGGAGACGGCGAUCCCGAGAACCAAACCGCAGGUGAGAUCACAAUUGGGGUUAGCAGGGUUCUUUCACUCUUGUCACUGAUCAUGCUCCUUUAAGGUGGUUGCAUACGAUGAAGGACAAUAACGCUUGCAUAACUCGGUGGUAUCUGGUGCUGCAACCCUUCCACUAUACAGUGAAACAUCGUGUGGGUAAGGAGCAUCAAAAUGCAGAUUUUCUUUCAAGGGAGGGGGGCCCAUUGGGGAACUUAGAAUUGGCAGAGUGUGCCUUCGGCAUCAGUCUGAGGGGUGAGAUGUGUGACAGAGAGAGAAAGAAUUCAAACUGUAAAUCUCCCUCCCGACCAAAAAAGGCGCUGGGUAAGGUUGAUCGUAUGCUUCCUCCUAGAUGGACUGCCUUGAUGGUAGGUGGAAACCGGAAGGUGACCAUAUUAGGGGGAGCGCGUAGUUGCACGUACCUGGAAGGAUUUCAUUGCAAUCAGCUGCGGGGCGGGCCCCUAUUGGAGAAACCAUGGUAACGGGUUGCUUGCAAGAAGGAGGUUCUGGGUACAAAGGGGAAGCAACUACGUCAGUACAGCCCCUUGCGCUGAUGACAAUAUCCAGCCAGAGCCUGUGUGUUUGUUAUUUUGUGUUUUGUCUUUAGCAGAGGAGAAGUGAGAGUCGGGAGCUGCAGCCACGGAGCCAGCACUAGACCCGGAGCAUGUCCCUCACAACACAGCGCAGCACAGCACCAGCACUCACCACAACCACGGAGGAUUGUGGUUUAGGAGUGUUAUUUAUUUGUUGUUCAGGACUGUAAAACCUGCCAUGUUCCCCCCUGAUACCAUCACUGGUAAAGGGGUGGUUUAUUGUUAUUAUAUUUGGCUUUUGUUGGAAUAAAAGCACAGACCUUUUGGGAGAA